GCUGAACGUUGAACACACGACAGCAAAUUACCGACACUGCGUCAAGCUGGACUCGCAUGGACUUUUUAUCGCAGACCUAUAUCGCCCUUCGCGGUCCAACAGGCGCCCCUCAGUCUGCGCAGGACACGAUCGCAAAACUUAGUGACCGGUUAUCUCCUUCUACCCUCCUUGCGGACAGACGCGCUGCUGUCCUUGCUUUGAAGGGUUUGGCUCGCGAUUGCAAGGAAGAUGUCGGCGAAAGGGCCCUUCCUGGUCUCCUCGAAGUCCUACAGAAUGAUGCGGAAAUAGAUGCAGAAAUAGCAAAGGCCGUGCUCGAGACUAUUACCCAGCUCUGUGAACCCGAUGACGAUUCCAAGGAUCUUGCGUUGAAACACACAGACUACGUUAUCAGAAACGAACAGGCAGUUCAUGUUUUGUUCUCCCUCCUCGGUGAUGCACACUUCUAUACUCGUUAUGCGACACUACAGUUGCUCUCGGUGCUACUACAGAACCGUCGUUCUCAAGUUCAAGGAUAUUUCCUCAAGGCCCCUGCUGGCACCUCCAGCGUCAUUGCCGUCUUGGAAGAUAAGCGCGAGAUCAUUCGUAAUGAAAGCAUCGUCGUGAUCCAAAUGCUUAUUUCUCAAAGCCCUGACAUACAGAAGGUGCUUGCCUUUCAAGGCGCAUUUGAAAAGCUCUUCAAUACUGUCACACACGAAGGUGGAUUGGAGGGAGGUGUGAUCUCACAGGACGCACUUCGAUGUGUCGACAGUUUGCUUCGGUAUAAUAGCUCGAAUCAGAGCUACUUCCGCGAAACGUCUCUUCCAUCGUUGUUAUGCUCCCUCUUACUUUUACCGUCCAACCUUUCCCUUCAAGAUCCAGUUCCACAGGAGUUUGCAUUGCAAUUUUGGGACUCACAAAAAGUGGCAAAUGUGUCACUGGUGCUUGGUAUUAUGGGAAUGUUAGUUGGGUCUAAAGGUAGCAGUCAAGAACUAUCUGUCUUCGUGCGAGGCUUUGUCGAACUAGCCCUCGCAUCCAAUGCACCAACACCCCUCAAGACUCAGGCGCUCCAUCUCCUUCCUAGCACGUUGACUUUCCCGCUCUCGGAGGUGAUUUUGACCCCCUAUAUGCCUGUGCCUGAGACACGCGGAGAAGAAUGGGACAGAUUGGAGCCGGCGUCCGCGCUUGAUGCACUUGUAGAGCUUGCACUCCAUGGAGAGUACAAUGGGCUAUACAGUGAUAAUCGUGCCAAGGAGGGACUUGAGCUAAGGAGUGCAGCUAUAACUGUCUUCGAUAACUUUGUGCGGAAAGAGGAUAUCAGACAGGCCAUUGUGCAAGGGAUGCUUCCUCCUCAACAAUCAAGUGAAGUUCCGAUGAUAUCGCCCCUUCUGCACUCUCUUUGCCUCUCCCCAUCUUCCCCUCUCAACAUCGCUGAUGUGACCUCUACUCAUCUCGCUACACUCCUCUUUGCUCACCUGCUCGCCGGCUCCUCAAGAGCAAAAACUGCGGCCCGAUCUAUCAAGCCUUCUUCCAGCAUUCCGGGAGAGACUUCGGGUCCAGGAACAUUUUUUGUCCCUGCAGAUAAUAAUACUCCAGCGCCAACGCAGCCGGAAGAGGACGAGGAAGAUGCCCCGCAGAGUUUGUUGCACCUCUUUUCCGAGAACCUCUCGUUGUGCUUCCUGUCUCGCUCAAGGGCUGAGAACGACCGUGAGGAACGCGAGUGGAAUAGAUUGAUUGUUGGGUACAUAUGUCUGCUUGCACAGUGGCUCUGGGAUGACCCUAAAGCUACGAGGGAAUUCCUAGAAGCCGGCGGGCUGGGCACACUAGUAGAGCCUAUUAACCAGACUUCUGAGUCAGAAGACCUCAUACCUGGACUUUGCGCCUUUCUACUGGGCAUCUGUUAUGAGUUCAAUCGGGAACCGGGAGAGAUCACUCGCGCGACCAUACAUCCCAUCAUCUCUCGGUUGGGCAUAGAUGUGCUCCUCGGUCAUAUGUCUCGUGUACGAGAGCACGACUGGUUCAAGUCUAUCAGCCCUGAAUCCAUGGUACUCCGUUAUCCAACCAAGGCACUCCAAAACACUCCACCCGUUGAACAGGAAGGCGAAAUCUGGCUUGACUGGUCUUUUGUCGACUUCUGGAAAUCAAAUCAACAUACCAUCCAGAGAGGUCUGGCAACGGACCCUAGCACCCUGGCUUCAUCGUCAGGUCCAAGUGCAGAGUCCGCAAUGCUCAUCAAUUCUCUCAAAGACGUCAUUCGCUCUCAAGUGCAGGAAAUAGACGCAUUGCAACUUCGUCUCAAGGAGCUAUCAGUUGCUGAAGCUCGGUUGGCUGAGUCAGAGGCGCGUAUUGCGGAGCUUGAGGCUGAAUUGCAAACAUCAGAUGGCAAGAAGAGGGAGGUCGAGAAGGAGCAGGAGGAUCUUCUGGUCCUCCUCGACGACAUGAGCACUAAGCGCAGACGAGACAAGCAGCGGAUGAGAGAAGCAGGUAUGGAGGUUUCCGAGGACGAGGCGGAUGAUGACGAUGAAGAUGAAGAUGAAGAUGAAGGAGGGGAUGAGUAAAACACAGUACCCAUCGAUUUUCAUUUUUCUAGGGUUUCUAUCGUAUCUCAACUUUUUAGACCUCAAGUACAUAACGUUAGGCAGGAUACCCGUAUUCUCCCCGCGGUCGGCGGCAUGGCUUGAAAAUCAAUCAUUGCAAGAGUCUCCAUUC